AGCUAGAUGAAUGACAAACACUUUGAAUAGUGAAGUAAUAAGAAAGAAAACGUACGCGUGGAUGCUACACCUGUCGAUCUUCUACUAUAAUUUAUUUUAUAGUAUUGUUACCGGCUUAAAAUAUGAAGAAAACGUUCACAGGAUGAACGGUGUUUGAUUGAAACAUGUGACACGUCAGAAGGAAUGACGGUAAAACGAUUCAGAGGAGAACGGAACUUAAGCCGAAAGAAACGAGUAAAUAAAAUGAAUGCCUACUAAGAAUAUAGUCGUCGGGGGAAAACUGAAGAUACAAAAAUGACUGUCUUUAACCAUCUGGAACGUCACUACGUCGGCUUGUUUCUGAGUGCUAUGAUAAUCUAUUUUCUUGUCUAUACACAAACUUCAAUCGUGCUUUUUAGCGUCAGAAGUGAAAACGUAUUCUUGGAAAGUUCGUGUUCUUGCAAGACUUGUGUAAUGGACCCUAUGGAUGACGACUGGUUCGUUUAUCGUUACAACCCCUCAGUUUCACCUUUACUCAACAGGAAAAACAGCGAGCUACCCCAAGACACGUACAACUGGUGGUUGGGUCUGCAGCGUUCCUCACUUAAUGUCAGCUACACAAAAGUAAUGGACCAGCUGUUUUCACUUUUCCCAGAUGAAGAUCACUACUCAGACGGUGGUCCAGAUCGCUGCAGAACCUGUGCUGUGGUGGGGAAUUCUGGGAACCUCGUGGGAUCCCAUUAUGGGGGACUUAUAGAUUUCCACGAUGUUGUCAUUAGGAUAAAUAAAGGCCCAACAAAAGGCUACGAGAAGGAUGUAGGCUCUAAAACCACUCAUCGUAUCCUCUAUCCCGAGAGCGCCGUGGAUUUGGACAACUCCACCCACUUGGUGCUUUUUCCUUUUAAAAUCCUGGACAUGCAGUGGCUCAUAAGUUCCUUCACGACUGGACACAUCACACGCACAUAUAUGCCGGUGAGACCUACCAUAAAUGCAAAUAUAGACAAGGUGAUGAUUCUUCAUCCUGGAUUUAUAAAAUAUGUCUAUGAUAGCUGGUUGCACCGUCGUGGCAGAUAUCCAUCCACCGGCUUCAUUACGUUAAUCUUCGCCUUGCACAUCUGUGAUGAGGUGAAUAUUUUUGGAUUCGGAGCUUCAAGUGACGGAACGUGGCACCAUUACUUUGACAAAACUAAAAUGAACUAUAAAGGAGGCCCUCACGGUGGAGACCAUGAAAACAAAACCAUGCAUGAACUUCUUCAGAGAAACAAAAUAUCAUUAUAUAAAGGCUAUUGAUAAAAAAAUGGACCUUACCAAUGAACUGACAGAAGUUCCUUGCUCCAGCAUGUGGCCUAGAAACCUAUUGAGGUCUGUCAUCAUGACGCAUGUGUCUUUUAAACCAACUGCACAAAAGCAAGGGCCAUGAAGUGAAAAAAACAAGAAAUCUUAAGAAAAGAAGACGUACAAAGUUAUCUUUUACCUUUGUGGUGUACUUUAACAGAGCAUCUUGUUCAACCGCUUAACACUGCACAAAGACCUUUUUUUUUGACAAGAUUUUUUUUUUCAUUUUACAAAUGUGUCUUGCUUUGGUUCCUUGCUUCCCUUAUAAGGUGUUUAAGACGCACGGACACAAAACUAGAUUUACAAUUCAAUGCACAAUUUAAGUUUUUCUCUGAUAUAUUUUCAGUUCAAACAUGAGGGGGAUGUUGGUCAUUUUGAAGUGCUCACACCCAUGAACAUGUUUUUCUGCUUUCUGCUGCUAGUCAGAAGUAUGCGAUAUUAGGUAAAGGGACAUUUUUA